CCAAUAGACAUUUCUCUCAUCUGAGCGAGCGGCAGAGAGAGAUGGCAGUGGCUGGCUGCGGGAGCAGGGAGGAGAGGUGGAGCCUGGCAGGCGCCACGGCGCUCGUCACCGGCGGCAGCAAAGGAAUAGGACAUGCCAUCGUGGAGGAGCUCGCUGGGUUUGGGGCGAGGGUGCACACCUGCUCCCGGAACGCGGCGGAGCUGGAGGAGUGCCGCCGGCUGUGGGAGGAGAAGAACCUGCGGGUCACCGUCUCUGUCUGUGAUGUCUUGGUGCGCGCCCAGAGGGAGAAGCUUAUGGAGACGGUCCGACAAACUUUCGACGGCAAGCUCGACAUACUAGUGAACAAUGCAGGGCAAUUUUGGUUCAAGCCCGCUGAUGAAUGUACGGCGGAGGACUUCUCCAAUCUGAUGACCACCAACUUGGAGGCGAGCUUCCAUCUAAGUCAACUUGCACGCCCUCUUCUCAUACACGCUUCUAUUGCUGGAGGAGGUAGCAUCAUCAACAUGUCCUCCAUUGGAGGCUCAAUUGCCUUCGUAGGCUCCACAAUUUAUGCGAUCACAAAAGGCGCGCUGAACCAACUUACAAGGAAUCUGGCCACCGAGUGGGCCCCUAACAAGAUUCGUGUGAAUGGUGUCGCCCCAGGAUUUGUCACAACUGAUAUGAUUAAAGACGUAGAUUCAGAGUACAUGAAGCAAGAGAACUCGAAGACCCUGUUGGGACGGAGUGGCAAGCCGGUGGAGAUCGCCUCAGCAGUGUCAUUUUUGUGUAUGCCGGCAGCUUCUUACAUCACCGGCCAAGUCAUUUGCAUUGAUGGUGGUCGAACCAUUAGUUCUUAGCCAUCAAUAGCUUCAUCGCCACUAAAUAAUUUCAUCAUUACUUGGUUGAAUAAUUGUAUGAGUGAACAAAAGUUAGCCUUGAGGUUUCAGGCUAAUACCAUAGAUCUGAGUGACAUUGGUAUGUAUCCUGGCAAGCAACACCCCAUUUGUAUAAACAAUAUUCAUAUUGUUGACACCGUGAAUAUGAAAUUUAUUCCUAUUUGUCAGAUUGAUGUGCA